AUGCAACCGAAUUGCAAUCACCCCGACCUUCGCGGAGGCGCCGACGAUAUUGCUCAACCCGCCGCUGCUCCUGCCACUGUCACGCUACCGGAAGGGGUCGCUCUUACGCAGCUCGCGUUCCCCAUUGCGACUAUUGUUCAGCUACAGUUCCUGGACAGCGGUGGAAAAUCCUUUAUCAAACCGGCCCUGGGGGUCGAGUGCGUCGUGCGAAACACGUCGCGCGGCUUUGGGCUCACUGGCGCUGCGAGCAUGAGUUGCUCGCGCUUCGCGUCGUCGAUGAUCCUUAACAGCACGACUCUCCGCUUCUUCGCCUGUCGCAACCAUUCAAGCUUGUCAGCCAUUAGCAGUGUAGCACGACCCGUCUUGAACCGCAACCCGGCAGCGGCCGACAGCCUGGAUGGCAUAGUACGGUGGGCAGAUCUAUCUGCAGACAGCCAAUGUCGUGCAUGAUGCAAUUUGUGGGAUAUCCCUGGGCCAGGGUAGCCCUGCUGAAAUUUCCGGACGAUUGAACACCAUGACGUAAAGGAACGUUUCAGUGAUCGAUUUCAUUCGAGUUCGGCGUCCAUGCCCAUUCUCUUCAGCCCAGGUCCCGGCCUCUCCCGCUACUUCCGAUC